GCUUAUGGCGGUAAAAACAGGACAUGUGUGUGCAUUUGAUGGUUUUUCCAUAAAAACUCCAUUCAUUUAGUGAAUUUAAUUUAGUGCAUUAGUUUUAAUCAACUAUUGUUUACCCUUUAAAAUAUAAUAAUUAAAAGGAAUCAGGAAUAUUAACUGGUGAGCGAUGGCAGACGUAUAUGAAGCCUUAAAUUUUAAAAAUCCAGAAGAAGAGUUUUAUGAGGACGUUCCAUUAGACCUGAGCUAUGGUUCUGAAUUUAUCAUUCAUUGCUCUAGCAUUUAUUCUGACAUAAAUGACUCUACUAGUACUAAGAAUGAUGACCCUUUGCCUGUUGAAAACGAAACAUUCGUCAGAUUAAUAGAAGAACCCUUAAAAAGUUCCUUAGAGAAAAACGAAGGACAUGAAACAUCAUCAAAGGACAGAACUGACACAAUUUCAGAGGAAGUAGGAGAUGAAUUAAAGCAAAAUACCGACCUCAAUUCGUCGAAUUUUAUAACUUUAGAUUUAACAAGUGAACUUUUUCCAUCAGAUGACUUAGAAGAAAGUAAAAUUGAAGAAAGAACAUUCAAUGCUUCUGUUAAAGAAACUGGCAUUAAAAGGUCUUUGCCCGACUCCACCAGAACACUUAAUGAAAUAAAAAAACCUCGCUGUGACAACUCAGAUUCACUUCCACUACAAAUUGUUCCCAAUACAAUUACUAGUAAAAGAUAUCAGGGCCCCUUCUUUUAUCCACAUGAUCAUCGCAACGAUACUCACCCUAUGUGGAGCAAGUACAAGUCAAAUAAGGUAUCCCCCUUUGAAAUGGUUCAAAAUGACUGGAAAAAUACUGCCCUAUCUUAUCCCCACUUAGACUUGUCUCACAUGGAAGGAAAACGUUUGAGGAAUAUUUCAAACAGAAGAGAAUGUGUCCAUGCCAGAAGGAUCUAUGAUAACGAAAUUUCAAGAUUAUUGCGAUCCAAAGGCGACAUCUUAAAUGAGAUGUCACGUCCGAGCCAGAAAUUCUAUCAAAAGAACAAACUCUGUAGAAGAAGACUUUCGAAAAUCAACGAGGAUCUUGCUGUUUAUGAAAAUGCAAAAGAAGAACUGGAAUAUUUGUUGUCUAAUUAUCAUAACGAACAUUUCGACGCAAUCUUCAUGGGCCAGUGUGAAUUAGAUCAAAUAUGUUAUGAAAAAGAUAAAAUCAGCACCUAUGAGAAUUUUUAUGGACGUUCUGACUAAUUUAGAUCUCAGUAAGAUACAUUUACUCUUUAUUAUAUUAUUUUUAAUGACGUUUUUGUUUGGGAAAAUGUGCAAAUGUUUUCUACAAUGCUUGAGAAUUUUUUAUUUUUGUUUUGUUUUUAUAGUUGUAAGUUUAAAAAGUUCCUCAGUGUAUUUUUUAGUAAGAAUGUUUGUAUUGAGUUGUAGCAAUAUCAGAAAUCUUUACCAAAGAAUGAUGAUAUAAAAAUCAUAAGUUAAAUAGAGAUGACAUAUUAAAUUACA